AAAGGUUCAAGAUUGUGGCAUGGGUGGCCGGUAAGGACAAUAAUCUUGAUUCUCCAGCCUCACUGAGUUACUACAAACUUUCAGUGAUCGUGGGCGGACGAGUGCUUUACAGAUGAACUACACGCGGUUUUAAUCACAGAAAACCUGUUAGAAAUUCGAAACGACUGCAGAACUGAUGAUUGCAGCAACAAAUUUAACGGUAGUUGGAACGCAGACGAAAACUUUUCAAGAACUGGCAUGUUCCCCUCUCUUGGUUGGUGAAUUACAAAAACAAUCUUUUUGUUUCGCAGUUGUCAAUAUUCUCCUCUCCAUAACUGCAUUUUUUGGAAAUUUUCUUAUCCUUGUUGCCCUUCACAAGGAAUCUUCACUUCAUCCGCCGUCCAAAUUUUUGUAUCGUUGUCUUGCAACAACUGACCUUUUGGUUGGACUUCUUAGCCAGCCUCUUUCUGCUAUUUACUAUAUGACGUUAGUUUGCGAAGACUGGAGUCUUUGUCGAUACGCAUGGGACACUGGGUACGUAACAGGCUAUAUAUUAUGUGGAGCGUCUUUGUUGACGAUUAUGGCCAUAAGCGUGGACAGACUUCUCGCCUUGUUAUUGGGGCUAAGAUACAAACAAAUUGUAACUUUAAGGCGCACAUAUGUCAUUGUAGCUACUUUUUGGGUUAUACCUGGUGUUGCUGCUUUUUGCUAUUUUCUGGAUCCCCAGAUUUCAUUUUGGUGUAGCGUUAUAGUUCUGCCGCCCUGCUUAUUAAUUUCAGUCGCCUCGUACGUUAAGAUUUUCCGCGUUCUUCGUCGACAUCACGCUCAGGUUGGAGAUCAUCUUCAACAAAAAACGAGGCAACCAAACGUACUGAACUUGGUGCGAUUUAAAAAGGGAGUGUACAGUGCACUGUGGGUUCAGUUAGCCUUGGUUGUUUGUUUCCUACCAUAUAGUGUAAUACAAAUUAAUAUAGUUUACAGCAAAACACAUUCAUCCCAUUCUUACGUUACUUUUGGAAUAGUUUCGUCUUUAGUGUUCUUUAACUCAUCUCUAAACCCAUUUCUUUACUGCUGGAAGAUUAGAGAAGUAAGAGAAGCAGUAAAGCAGACAGUCAGACAAGCAUUUUUCUGUCCAUGGGGUUAAAUUGUUCUCGAGGUAAAAUCAUAUUUGUACAUAUAAAGCUGACCCGUUAAGACUCGUUUGUUAUUAAUAAAUGCUCGCCAGGUAUCGUUUUGAAUAGGAAGAAACGGGAAGCUCGUUAUAUAAACCAAGCUGUUGCGAUGGAUCGUAUAUUCCUGAUAUCAGAUCUUCGCCAACAAAACAGCAGAUUAAGAAAAUCGAACGACA